AUGGAUCUGGAGGAAGAUCUCCAGAAGAUGGGCUAUGCUCCUGCCAUUGGAAUGAGAGAGAAUUUCGCUUCAACGCGAGAGAAACCACGCGACCUUUUCGAGGAGACCAAGGACACUACUGCCAAACUUAGCCAAGAGCGCCAACCAUUCAAAUAUGUCAUACAGCAACUCAAUAGACAUCUAGCUGAAUCUCAAGGCGAGCAAGCCAAGCCAAGGGCGGAAAUCGGGCUUCUUCAAAAACGAAAUACCACUUACUUGGACUUCUUGAAGAGGGAUAUUCCCCAACGCGAGACAUUGUUGGCGGCUUUCAGAGGAGUACAGGAGAGAGGUUGUUUGACGGCAGAUGACAUCCAUGCAGUAGCUGCAUGGCAAGCUAAUCCAUUGGAUACUUACCCUGAACAAAGACGAAUCAAUGGAUCUAGCCAUCGGGAGUGGUCAGAAUGGUUUUGCGGAGCUGUGAAGACAAGGGCCACGGCGACUGGUUGUGGAGGUGGGCGGACGAGUUCUGAUUGUCACAGCAUCGGCGAGUCCACGAAGAUAACGACAGAGAGUCUUGGCUCGACGGCGACUCGUGGUUCACUACCAUCCAACAAACGCAGACGAGGCGGAUCAGAAGCAGGAGACGAGCGAGACAACUCCCCCUUUGCUUCUCAACGAACACGAAUAGAUCUAAACAGGAGAUGUUCGAGGGGAAGAGGCCUUAAAUUCUAG